AAAUCAAACCUUAAAAGAUUAUAUGAUUAUCGUUUUACAACAACUAGCUUAUCCUUUCCAAUGUCUACGGGUCUUCUGCUCCACCCAUUGACUCUUCACGUUCCACCUCCAACCUCCACCUCUAACGGGCCACCUCAGCCAUUCUCCACCGCCGGUAACCAUCACAGACAUAUUCUCUCCUUGUCUGAAACAUGCACAAGUAUGUCCCAGCUCAAACAGCUCCACGCCUUCACUCUCCGUACAACUUUCCCUGACGAAACCGCCACUCUGUUUCUCUACGGUAGAAUCCUGCAGCUCUCUUCUUUCUUCUUCGAUGUUAGUUACGCAUUCCGUGUCUUCGAUUCGAUCCAUCAAGAAAGCCACAGCUCCUUCAUGUGGAACACACUCAUCAGAGCUUGCGCACAUGACGUUUCCAGGAAAGAAGAAGCCCUUCUGCUUUACCGGAAAAUGUUAGGGAGAGGCAAGUCGGCACCUGAUAAACACACGUUUCCGUUUGUCUUGAAAGCUUGCGCUUAUAUCUUCGGAUUGUCGGAAGGGAAACAGGUUCAUUGUCAUGUCGUGAAACAUGGGCUUAGUGGAGAUGUGUAUGUGAACAACGGUUUGAUUCAUUUGUACGGUUCUUGUGGAUGUCUAGAUUUAGCACAGAAAGUUUUUAAUGAUAUGCCUGAGAGAAGUCUUGUUUCGUGGAACUCGAUGGUUGAUGCUCUGGUUCGGGCCGGGGAGUAUGAUUCUGCGUUAGAGCUGUUUAGACAGAUGCAGAGAUCGUUCGAACCAGAUGGUUAUACGAUGCAGAGUGUUUUAAGUGCGUGUGCUGGUCUCGGAUCUUUGUCUCUAGGUACUUGGGCACACGCAUUUCUGUUGCGAAGAUGCGACUUUGAUGUUGCUAUGGACGUUCUGAUCAAGAACUCGCUGAUCGAAAUGUAUUGCAAAUGCGGGUCGUUAAAAAUGGGUGAGCAAGUGUUCAAGGGGAUGAGAAAGCGUGACUUAGCUUCAUGGAACGCUAUGAUUCUAGGAUUAGCUACACACGGAAGAGCUGAUGAAGCUCUGGGUUGCUUCGACCGUAUGGUGGGAAAAGAGGAGAAUGUUAAACCGAACUCCGUCACGUUUGUUGCCGUCCUUACCGCCUGCAACCACCGAGGCAUGGUAAAGAAAGGGCGGCAGUAUUUUGACAUGAUGGUCAGAGAUUAUGCCAUCAAACCUGCACUGGAGCAUUACGGUUGUAUCAUCGACCUUGCAGCCCGUGCAGGCUACAUUACCGAAGCUAUUGACAUGGUGACAAGUAUGCCGAUGAAACCAGAUGCUGUGAUCUGGAGAAGUCUCCUUGAUGCUUGUUGCAAAAAGGGUGCUAGUGUGCAGCUAAGUGAAGAAAUUGCAACACGUUUAAUUGAAACAAGGGAAGAUAAUCAAAGUUCCAGUGGCGCAUAUGUGUUGCUGUCUAGAGUCUAUGCAUCGGCUAGCCGGUGGAACGAUGUUGGGAUUGUGAGAAAACUAAUGACUGAACAUGGAAUUAGAAAAGAGCCUGGAUGCAGUUCCAUUGAGAUAAAUGGCAUCUCCCAUGAGUUUUUCGCAGGAGACACAUCCCACCCUCAAACAAAACAGAUAUACGAACAUUUGAAAGUGAUUGAUGACAAGUUGAGAUCCGUUGGUUAUUUACCGGACUGCUCUCAGGCACCAUUAGUGGAUUCAAAUAACGAUGGAAGCAAAGAGUAUUCCCUUAGGCUGCACAGUGAGAGACUCGCCAUUGCUUUUGGUCUGAUAAGCUUGCCACCUCGGACUCCAAUCCGUGUAUUCAAGAAUCUACGCGUCUGCAGCGAUUGUCACGAGGUUACUAAACUAAUCUCAAAGGUCUUCAACACUGAGAUCAUUGUGAGAGAUCGUGUACGGUUCCAUCACUUCAAAGACGGAUCCUGCUCUUGUUCAGACUACUGGUAACAAACAAACCAAAAAAAAACUAGUCACAAACCGCUGCGACCAAUUUUGUAUAAUAAUUCAUAAGUUUGGUAAUGAAACAUCAUAUGAUCUCGAAUGAAAAUCAAUUAACUUAACAACA